AAUACAUAUUUUCUUAAGUUUUUUCAGUAUAUUAUAUUGGGAUUUCAAAAAGUCCCGAGCAUGGUCUUACUACUGGCGCGCAGUGCAAUUUCGCGCAAUAAUACGAAAUGAAAUCAUGACCAGCGCACGCAGCCAUGUCAGUAUGCAGAGCAAGUACGACCGCGUGGUCCUCCUGGUGGACAUGGACUGCUUCUUCUGCCAGGUGGAGGAGAAGCAGCAGCCGGAGUACCGCAACCGCCCUCUGGCUGUGGUCCAGUACAAUCCUUGGCGCGGGGGCGGCAUCAUUGCGGUGAACUACGCGGCUCGGGCCAAGGGAGUGACGCGCCAUAUGCGCGGCGACGAGGCCAAGGACCUGUGCCCGGACAUAGUCCUCUGCCAGGUGCCCAACAUCCGGGAGAAGGCCGACACCAGCAAGUACCGCGAUGCCGGCAAGGAGGUGGCCAACGUGCUGCAGCGCUUCACGAAGCUCCUGGAGCGCGCGUCCGUGGACGAGGCUUACCUGGACAUCACGGAGACCGUGAACCUCCGUAUGCAGCAGAUGCAGAGCGGCGACUUUGCUCUGCAGCCCCAGGAUUUGGUAAACACAUUUGCCGUGGGCUACCCCAACAUCGGCGACUACGUCAACAAGAUCACGACUCGUUUCGCCAAUCCCUAUAUAGACGACGAACGUUUCCAGCUGUCCUACGACCAAAACGACCUUCCCGCCGUCCGGCAGAGCGACAUUCGAUUGCUGAUUGGCGCCUCUGUUGCCGGUGAGGUGCGGGCGGCUGUCAAGAAGGAGACCGGAUACGAGUGCUCGGCGGGCAUAGCGCACAACAAGAUCCUGGCCAAGUUGGCAGCCGGCAUGAACAAGCCCAACAAGCAGACCAUCCUGCCGCUGGCGGAGACCGCUGGUCUGUUUGAUUCCUUGCCCGUGGGCAAGAUCAAGGGGCUGGGAGGCAAGUUCGGCGAGGUUGUGUGCGAGACCCUGGGCAUAAAGUUUUUGGGCCAGGUAGUCAAGUUUACGGAGGCCGAGUUGCAGCGCAAGUUUGACGAGAAGAAUGGUACCUGGCUGUUCAACAUCUCUCGCGGCAUCGACCUGGAGGCAGUGACGCCGCGCUUCUACUCCAAGAGCAUUGGCUGCUGCAAAAAGUUUCCAGGUCGGAACAACAUCACGGGACUGAAAACCCUUCAGCACUGGUUGGGUGAGCUUUCCACUGAGAUCAACGAUCGCCUGGAGAAGGACCUCAUUGAGAACAAUCGCAGGGCCAAGCAGAUGGUGGUGCAAUACGUGCAGGACAUUGACGGCGAGGAGGUGGCCAGCUCCCGCUCAACAGCUCUCAAAGAUUACGACCAGGAGUCCAUCGUGAAGUAUGCCCUGGAACUAAUCAAGGCCAACACUAAGACGUUUUUGCGUGCCGGUAGCGAGUCUGCUCUUAACAAUGCUAUAAAGUUCCUUGGCAUCAGUGUUGGCAAGUUCGAAACCGUCUCUAGUGCCCAGAACAAGUUGCAGGAGAUGUUUGCCAACCAGGCUGCCAAAAAGCGUAGGGUCAGCGGGGAAGAGCCAGUGCAGCCUCCCAAAGUUCAGAUGGAAAAAAAGCCCAAGCAGACCGAGGAGUCAAAGAUGAAGAGCUUUUUUGCCAACUAUCUGCAAGGAUCCAAGAAAGAGGACACGAAGACAGAUGCCAACAACGCUCCCUCUGCAGAAACUGCGCCAAAGAAGACAUUUGUCGAGGAGUACAAGCAGAAGCUUCACGAGACCGCAAAGUCAAAAGCGGCCGCCGAGGGAACGGUUCUUACCUCAACACCGCCGGAGUUUAAAGAAAGCUUCUUUUCAAAGUACCUGAAACAACAAAGGCAGACGAGGCAGCAAGAAGCGGAUGCAGUGGGUGAGGACUCGUCUGAUAUGCAGGGCUUGGCAGAGGAACUGGAUGCCAUUGAGGCUAGCAACACAAAUGAUUUUGAUGAAGACACUGAAGAGGAGGCGGAGCUAACUGGUAACAUCCACAAAUCAGUUGUUGAAGAACAGGGAUCCUCCCUCAAAGCUUUGCAAGGGGAGCAACCAACAACUUCCAAUUCUACAACACCGAUAGAACACUCUACAUCCAAAAAUGCUAGUAUAGAGCAUCCUGAUCUAUCAAUGCUUCCUCCCCUCACUGAAGAAGAACUGCAACCUUCAACGUCAAAAAGGAAAUUUAAUGAGCUUGACAGUUCUGCUGGAAACUACAAGGAAAGCUACGCGGAGUUCGCUGUACCCGAGCUCCGCGCCGAUCUUCUGCCAAUGGUCAAAUGCGAUCAGUGCGGAGCGAAUAUACUAGACGAAGUGAAAUCCCUGCAAACACACAGAGAUCACCACUUCGCGCAGGAACUAAACAGACAGCUAAAAAGUAACGAGCGUGAGGAACGAAUGCAGAGCCACCAAAAGGUUUCUCCUAAGCCGACGCCACCAAAGAAGACUAAGAAGACAAGUGCUUCUGGUAGCAUAUCACAAUCCACAGCUCGACCGACUAACAGCAUAGCCAAGUUCUUCAGCGUCAAGCCAACUCAGGAGCCUCCAUCCACUGAUGCCGAUAUGCAGCAGUGCACCGAGUGCAGGACUUUUAUCAAAAGCGUGGACAUGCCGGAGCACCUGGAUUACCACGUGGCCAGAAACCUGCAGCGUGAACUAAACCAACAAGACAUGCGCACUCGAACCGCGGCUCUAAGCAAGGAGAAGGCUUCCCCUGCUCAGUCGAAGAAACAGAAGCAGCUAAACACAACUAUUGGUGGUUCCACAAGUGGAACCAAGACGAUUGCCCAUUUCUUUAGCCAAAGCAACUAAUUGCCAGCUAUUGUACCACUUUAAGUAUAUGAAAUUAGUACCUAGUACCUAAGAAAGGACCACAUACUGUUUUUUUUUGUUUUUGGGUUUGAAAUCAAACAACUUUUUGCUCAUAUUUAAUA